AUCCAGAUUCAGGUUCCGGCGCGCUGAAACAGAGGAGAGGGAAAGGGGGGGGGGGCAUCAUCAUCAUGAUGCGCCGGGAAGAGAAGAAGCGCAAGUUCCACGAGGCCGUCCUCAACAUGCUUUACCCUCCCCCACCUUCUCCUCCUAGCCCUCCUCACGCAGAGGGUGGAGAUGGGGCGCAAGGCGCUGCAUCCGGCGGGCUUCGAGGGGACAGAUUCCCAGAUGAGGCGGGUGACGACGUUGGCGGUUCCCGGGCAAGUGACGUUGACCCUGAUGGCGAUGGCGGCGGAUGUGGGGAUCAGAAACUGACGAGAGCUCAGAGGAAGAGGAUCCGCAGGAAGAAGCUCAGAGAGGAGACGGCCCGCCGCCGGAAAAUCGUCGGGCCCUUGUUGCCUCCGGGCGGCGGUGGCGGGUGCAGCGCGGAAGAGGAUGGUCCAGGUGACGUUGAAGAGGAAGGGGCGCCAGGUGUUCGACGAAAUGCCGAGCUGGGAUCUGACGACGUGCCUCGCGAGCGUGAGGAGGCAGCUGCCUUUAUCAACCAGAAGAGACUCAAGCAGAGGAGAGCAGCAAAAAGGCUAGCCCGAGACAGGUUGAUAUUACCUGAGCAACAGAACAGUAAUCAAGGUGAUUAGAACUUCUUAUACGCAAUCCUCAUCCAGGGUUUGAGCAUGAAUUUGGAAAGCAAAUGCAAGGUUGAUAUGGGAGUCGCCAUUAAGUUCAGUAACAUGGCGCAUUCUUCUCGUGAGACCGGGAAAUAGGACCUAUAGGUCAGCAUUGUUGUGGCACUAGGUGUUCUACAGAAUAGUCGCGGGAAACAUGGGCCCCAACCACAAAGAACACGGCAGAAUUUCUUAUUUCGUCUACCUAAGAGUCCCUAAGCAAGCCAUUUUUUUGGAGGUGAUGCUGUGAAAUUGCUGAGAGGAUGAUAUGAAUGUGGGCUGUGCAAUUGCAUCAUGCCCUAAUGGUGUCAUAUUAAUGCUGGCACGGAUCUUUUGAAUAUCGUGUUUCAAUGACCGAACACAUGAGGGUCCAAGACUCCUGUAUAAACUCUUAAGCUCUCCGAUCUUAAGCAGACAGCACUGAAA